CACAAUUCUUCAGGUCAUGUGAUCUUAACUUUAAAAGUGCAGGACUGUUGUUCUGGGAGUCAGACUGACUGAUUAACACUUCUCUGCACUGAUCAUCAGCACACUGCAGUAAUGUCAAUGCCUGGAGGCUGGAGUCCAGUGAAACCGGUCACUCUAGAGGUGAUAAAGAUUUGCCUUGAGAUGAGGAAACAGAUUGAGGACAAUGUUGAAAAUGGAAGUGAUUCGAAGGUUUACAUUCCUUUGGUCUAUUCUUCUCAAAUUGUGAAUGGAACAAACUAUGUGGUCAAGGUGUUUCUUGGUGGAAGAGAUGAUGGAGUGUGUGUUCAUGCAAAGGUACAUCAGGCUCUUGCCUGUAGUGGAGGAAAACUGACACUGUCUGGAUUCCAGUUCCCUAAAACCUUCGGUGAACCUCUGAACCCCUUCGUGAGGCCAGAGAUAGAGAAGAUGGUUGGAACUAAUUUUAAGAUUUACAUUCCUGUGGUCUAUUCUUCUCAGGUUGUGGCAGGAAUAAAUUACAAGUUCAAGACUUUAAUCAUCAGCGCUGCUGCAAUGUCUCACUGGAGUCCCGUGAAGCCUGUCACCUCAAAGGUGGAGAACAUCUGCUCUGAGAUGAAGCCACAAGUACAGGAGAAGGCUAACGCCCAAUUUGAUGUUUACGUUCCUAUAGACUUUAUUUCUACAAAUGAACAUGGAGUAAACUACACAUAUGUGGUGGAUGUUGGAGGAGACAAGUGUGUUCAUGCAAAGAUAUUUGAAGCCGGUGGAGGAAAACUGAUUUUGCAAGAUAUCCUCUACCCAAAAACCACUAAUGAGAAUCUGGUCCCCUUCUGAACACUUCUAACCGCAUA